GACGGCGCUCCAGCACAUCCCACCACCACGCGACAACAUGGCUCCCGUACAAGCGCAAGUGCUGCUCUCCCCCGCCGAACUCUCUUACCUACACUCAUCGCUGUCUCUGGAUCCGCCUAUCCGCCCUGAUGGCCGCUCGCCGACGCAAUUCCGUCCUUUGGUAGCUGAAAGCGACAUCCUACCCGGCGCAAACGGGAGUGCUCGAGUGUGUUUCGCAGACGGGACCGAAGCAAUAGUAGGAGUCAAGGCUGAAGUAGAGAAGUCACAAUGGCAGCCUACGCCGGAUAAAGAGACGGCCGAUGUAGACAUGGAUGACGAGGAAGAGGAAGAAACAGGCGUGGGCGAGAACUCGUGGGUGGAGAUGAGCAUUGAGAUCCCAGGCUUCCGAGACGAUGAUUCAUUACCUGUGUUCCUCUCAGCCAUGCUUACAGAAGCUUUGCUAGCCAGUGGAGACCUCAAAGACCGGCUUUACAUCAACCAACGGUUCCACUGGAAGCUCUACGUCGAUAUUCUCCUCCUCUCUCCUCCACUCUCAUACCCUCUACCCCUCCUGUCUUUGACCACCCACCUCGCCCUCCUCUCCGCCCGCCUCCCCGCUUUGAAGUCCGAGAAAGAGGAAGACCCCCUCUUCGACGACGAUUGGGAGGCAUCCACGCCUAUAUACCCCCGUUCGGGCCGCCAGAAGCCCUACAGCGCAUAUCUAGACAAGCCUCCCGUGACUCUACUCGUCAUGGCAGUUGGCCAAAACAUCAUAUUCGAUCCCAGCAAAGAGGAACUAGCAGUAGCCGAAGCUGUGCUGGCAGUAUCAUGCGCAGCAUCACAAUCCAAGACGUCCGAAGCUGUCCGCCUACUUACAAUCCGGACGAUUGACCCUCCAUCCCGUCUUACACCCCCAGGUAUUCCCAACCUGCUCAACUCGGCCACUGGAGGCGUUGUUCCGGUUUCAAGUACGGAUGCUAUGGCUCAGCGCGAAGCAAUGAGUUUGCUAGGUGUGUGGACGCCGCCAAGAGGUGGUAUCAAGAGGAACUUGGUUGGAAGAGUUCUAAAGAUCGUAGUCGAAAAAGGAGGCGUAGCUGAGGAAGUGCUGGAGGCGCUGGAGAAAGUUGAGGUGGAAAGCUGAGCCAAUGCUUGAAAACGGCGGUAUCGCAACCUUCGGUCUUCAAACCACGGCAGAACUACCGUUCACUAAGUACGCAACGCGUCAAGCCCAGGAAGCCCGCGGGCACUUCGCCAUUACUAGGACCAACAGCCUAGUCCGUGUGCUUAGACGGUGAGUAGCAUCAACAUCGUUGAAAGUUGAAUUGAAGACAAACGGUAAAGCUUCGUGUUGUACACGACGAUUUUCAGCGUUCUCUCGAAAUCUGUUUAUAUCCCAUCAGGAACGGAAGGUUCCUACAAAGUAUAUACCCCAAGUCGCGAUCAUGCAAUCGUACGGUUUCAAAUGGUCUUAAUGGAAACAGUUCAAUUUCACACGUUAGAAUGGCAUCCAGC